AUCAUUUGCUUCUCCGCCGACAGUCACCGUGACCGAUCGAGGAGCAUCUGCGGUGCAGAGACAGUCUUUUUUAUUUUGUUUUUUUGUCUCGAAACCUUCUCCGAACAUUGGAUCGUGGUCUGCUGCCAGCUGCCACAUCCAUCCACGCCUGACUCCAGAGCUCAUCAACCGCCACCGAGCGCGCGCGAGAUGCGGUCGUGGCAGCGCCGCCUCUCGGCUGCCGGGGCCCUGGUCGCCGCCGUUCUGGCUCUGGGCGCCGCGGGGCCACGCUCGCCGGCGCCGCUGCAGUUCUCGCCGGCUGGCCGGUUCAAGGUGGUGCUGUUCGCCGACCUGCAUUACGGCGAGAACGCCUGGACGGACUGGGGCCCCGCGCAGGACGCCGCCUCCGACCACGUCAUGGCCGCCGUGCUCGACGCCGAGAACCCAGACUUCGUGGUGUACCUGGGCGACCUCGUGACGGCGAACAACGUGCCGGUCGCCAACGCGAGCCUGUACUGGGACCGGGCGGUCUCCGCGGCCAGGCGCAGGGGCGUCCCGUGGUCCACGGUGUUCGGCAACCACGACGACAUGCCCUUCGAGUGGCCGCCGGAGUGGUUCUCCCCCGCCGGCGUCCCGCCGGUGCACUGCCCGCCCGCCGCCCCAGGGUGCAGCUUCCGGGGCACGCCGCGGGUCGAGCUGAUGGCGGACGAGCUCAGCCGCGGCGGCGGGCUGUCGCGCUCCUCGGUCGGCCCGCGGGAGCUCUGGCCCGGCGUGUCCAACUACGUGCUGCAGGUGCUCUCGCGCGAGCGGCCACGGGACCCUGCUCUGCUCAUGUACUUCCUCGACUCCGGCGGCGGAUCCUACCCGGAGGUCAUAUCCUGCGCGCAGGCCGCGUGGUUCCACAGCCAGGCUCGCUUCCUCAACCCAGAUGGCAGCAUCCCUGAGCUGGUGUUCUGGCACAUACCGAGCACGGCGUACGUCAAGGUGGCUCCAAAGGCCACGACCGAGAUCAGCAAGCCAUGCGUCGGCUCCCUCAACGAGGAAGACGUGGCGCCACAGGCGGCCGAAUGGGGCAUGAUGGACGCUCUUGCCCACAGGCCUUCCGUCAAGGCGAUCUUCGUGGGGCACAACCACGGGCUGGACUGGUGCUGCCCCUACGAGAAACUGUGGCUGUGCUUCGCGCGGCACACGGGGCACGGAGGAUACGGUGACUGGCCAAGAGGGGCGAGGAUCGUUGACAUCUCUGAAGAAGAAGAGCAUUUCUCUGUCAACUCCUGGAUCCGGAUGGAGAAUGGGUCGACGCACAGCCAUGUCACCUUGACCUCUGCCCGGUUUAGUUAGGUUCAGACUCGUUUCCGCUAGCUAAGGAUCUGUUCAGUUUGGAAAGUCCAUUGCAGUGCAAACAGUUUGUAUUCGAUUUACUCUCUACUAGUACAAAUGCCCGUGCGUUGCAACGGGCUAUAAAUUUAAUAGAAGUUGACCCUUGUAAUUUUUUUUAUAAUUAAUUAAUUUCUAUGACUAA